GUCUUACGGUCGCUAGCUCAUUAUGCUGAGAUCUCGAAAGCGGCUCUCGCUUGCCACAAACUGCGCAUCGGUGCCAUCCAACCUAUUCGGUGACCUAUUCGGGACCAUCCGCUUGCCUGCUGCUGCUGCUGAACUGCGCGCCGUGUCGCCGCACCGUCAUCGCACGCAAUUGCUCGCUAGGGUCACACACAGCUUAGCCACAGCACGCCGUCGCCGUCGCCGCAUAACGCGCAUAGCAACUACGCUCACACAACGUAGCAACCAUGUUCUCCGGCAGCGCCGCGGACAUGCUCAAGAAGUACGGCCAGCCCGUCCCCGAGCAGCAGCCCAUGUCGUCGCUCGAAGAAGCGCAGGCCGCAAAAGCAAAAAUGGAGGCCGAGAAAGCCAAGGACGGCCACACGCACUUCCACGACGGCCACGCCUGCACCAUGGACCACGGCCAUGGGGAAGAGGACCACAACCACUCCAGCGGGACGCACGCGAACGAGUGCACGGAGGACCACGACCACUCGGAGCACUCUCAUGAGUCUCAUGGCCACAAGGAGAGCGGUCACGAUCACGGCUCGAGCCACGAUCACUCCAAGUGCGACGGCGACCACGGCCACUCUGAUCAUGGACACAAGGAGGAGUCCCACGGCCACGGCUCGUCCCACGACCACGCGCCUGCACAGAAGGACUUCGAGGGCUGCGCCAAGGGCAAGUACGCCUGGACGGACACCGGUUCGACGAAGGCGGAAGACCUGGGCGACGCCAUUAGGGAUUACGCGUUCUCCGACGGAAACAAAAAAGCUUCUGUUUACGUCGAUCUAGAUGGAUUGGACGCCCUGGCUGAUGCGGACUUGUGUGUCACCAAAGUGAGCGAGACUAGAGUCGAGUUCACGGCUCAGUUCCCGUCUGGUAAAAGAUGUCUCACCCUCUCACCGCUGCACGCGUCAAUAGAUGAAGCUUCACUCCUGAGGAAGCCGGGCAAGAACCGCGUCAUCCUCAAGCUCAAGAAGACGAAACCGGAAGCCUGGAGCACGCUCCUCACGGCGCCGCCGCCGGCGCAGCCCGACCCUUCUGCGAUGGGCGGCCUGGGGGGCAUGGACAUGGAGUCCAUGAUGAAGAGCAUGGCGGGCAUGGCCGGCGUGCCGGACCCGCCCGACUUAGGUGCGGACGACACGGGCGCGGAUCCCGAGGAGGCCGGGUCGGACUUAGAUGAUCUGCCGGACUUGGAGGAGGACAACGUGGACUAGAGCGGUUCGAUGCGUAACUUAGACUCUAGCUAUAGGGGACGAAUUGCAAACGGAACGGCGAGUCGGCGACGGCGUCUAGCUAGGGGGUGAAUUGAGCGGCGACGGCGCGUGCGGGUAACAUAUCUAUGUCGUACCGGAAAUGACACCGACGCCGUACAACGGGACCACGCGGGGCACUACCCGUAUCCGCUGAACGCGCAGCGAAUUCCGAAGUACCAAAAACC